CGCCGCCGGUCACGUCGCCAGCAACCAAGUUGUGUUACUUGAUACUACAGCUGUCCUCGGAGAACUGGGAUGGAAAACAUUUCCUUUAAAUGGGUGGGAUGCCAUAACUGAAAUGGAUGAACACAAUCGUCCUAUUCAUACUUACCAGGUAUGUAAUGUGAUGGAACCAAACCAAAACAACUGGCUUCGAACAAACUGGAUCUCCCGUGAUGCUGCACAGAAGAUUUAUGUGGAAAUGAAGUUUACCCUGAGGGACUGUAACAGUAUUCCAUGGGUACUGGGAACCUGCAAGGAAACUUUCAAUCUCUACUACAUGGAGUCAGAUGAGUCUCAUGGAGUGAAAUUCAAGCCAAACCAGUACACUAAAAUUGAUACUAUUGCAGCUGAUGAGAGCUUUACCCAGAUGGACUUGGGUGACCGCAUUCUUAAACUCAACACAGAAGUUCGUGAGGUGGGGCCAAUAAACAAGAAAGGUUUUUAUCUUGCUUUUCAGGACAUUGGAGCAUGCAUUGCUUUGGUCUCAGUCCGUGUUUAUUACAAAAAGUGCCCUUUCACAGUCCGUAAUUUGGCUAUGUUUCCUGAUACUAUUCCAAGGGUUGAUUCUUCCUCUUUGGUGGAAGUACGGGGCUCCUGUGUGAAGAGCGCUGAAGAACGUGAUACUCCAAAGCUGUAUUGUGGAGCAGAUGGGGAUUGGCUUGUCCCUCUAGGACGAUGCAUCUGCAGUGUAGGAUAUGAAGAAGUGGAUGGCUCCUGCCAUGCUUGCAGGCCUGGAUUCUAUAAAGCAUUUGCUGGAAAUGUAAAGUGUUCCAAGUGCCCUCCACACAGCUUGACUUACGUAGAAGCUACUUCUGUCUGUCAGUGUGAGAAAGGUUACUUCAGAGCUGAGAAGGACCCACCAACUAUGGCAUGUACCCGGCCACCUUCUGCUCCAAGAAAUGUGAUUUUUAACAUUAACGAAACAGCUCUUAUGCUGGAAUGGAGCCCCCCAAGUGAUACCGGAGGAAGAAAAGAUCUCACGUACAGUGUGAUCUGUAAGAAAUGUGGGUCAGACACCAGCCAGUGUGAGAUUUGUGGGGGAGGAAUCCGUUUCAUCCCCAGGCACACAGGUCUCAUCAACUCCUCUGUGACAGUGCUUGACUUUGUGUCGCACGUGAACUACACCUUUGAAAUAGAAGCCACCAAUGGGGUCUCGGAGCUGAGUUUCUCUCCAAAGCAGUUCACAGCUAUCACCGUUACCACAGACCAAGAUGCACCCUCCUUGAUAGGUAUGGUAAGGAAGGACUGGGCUUCCCAAAACAGCAUUGCCCUCUCCUGGCAAGAGCCGGACUUUCCCCAUGGAGCCAUUCUGGACUACGAGAUCAAGUACUAUGAGAAAGAGCAUGAGCAGCUCAGCUAUUCCUCCACAAGGUCCAAGGCUCCAAGUGUUAUCAUCACAGGUCUCAAGCCAGCAACCAAGUAUAUAUUUCAUAUCAGAGUCAGGACGGCAGCAGGAUACAGCGGCUAUAGCCAGAAGUUUGAAUUUGAAACUGGAGAUGAAACUUCUGAUAUGGCUGCAGAGCAGGGACAGAUUCUUGUAAUUGCCACCGCUGCUGUUGGUGGAUUCACUCUCCUGGUCAUCCUCACUUUGUUCUUCCUGAUCACUGGAAGAUGCCAGUGGUACAUAAAGGCCAAAAUGAAAUCUGAAGAGAAAAGAAGGGCUCAUUUGCAAAAUGGAGAUUUACAUUUCCCGGGAGUCAAAACAUAUAUUGAUCCAGACACGUAUGAAGACCCAUCUCUUGCUGUCCAUGAGUUUGCAAAGGAAAUAGAUCCUUCAAGAAUUCGUAUUGAGAGGGUUAUUGGGGCAGGUGAGUUUGGAGAAGUAUGCAGUGGACGUCUGAAGACACCAGGAAAAAGGGAGAUACCUGUUGCAAUUAAAACUCUCAAAGGUGGCUACAUGGACAGGCAGAGAAGAGAUUUCCUGAGAGAGGCUAGUAUCAUGGGACAAUUUGAUCACCCAAAUAUAAUUCGCCUCGAAGGAGUUGUGACAAAAAGAUCCUUUCCGACCAUUGGGGUGAAGUCUCUUUCGAGAUUCCUGAGGGCGGGAUUUUUAAAUAGCAUCCUGGCCUCACAUCCAGUGUCAGGGGGUGGAUCUUUACCCCCCAGCAUUUCCUCUGGCAGACCAGUAAUGAUUGUAGUUGAAUACAUGGAGAAUGGAUCCCUUGACUCCUUUCUGCGGAAGCAUGAUGGCCACUUCACAGUUAUCCAGCUGGUUGGCAUGCUGCGGGGAAUUGCAUCUGGCAUGAAGUACCUCUCGGACAUGGGCUACGUGCACCGUGAUCUGGCAGCCCGUAAUAUCUUGGUCAACAGUAACCUCAUGUGUAAAGUCUCUGAUUUUGGUUUGUCACGAGUAUUAGAGGACGACCCUGAAGCUGCUUACACAACAAGCGGUGGAAAAAUCCCCAUAAGGUGGACAGCUCCUGAAGCUAUAGCUUACCGGAAGUUCUCUUCAGCAAGCGACGCGUGGAGCUAUGGGAUUGUAAUGUGGGAGGUGAUGUCCUAUGGUGAGAGACCAUACUGGGAGAUGUCCAACCAGGAUGUUAUACUGUCUAUUGAAGAAGGCUACAGGCUUCCAGCCCCCAUGGGCUGCCCAGCUUCUCUUCACCAACUAAUGCUUCACUGCUGGCAAAAGGAGAGGAACCACCGUCCAAAAUUUAGUGACAUUGUCAGCUUCCUAGACAAACUGAUCCGCAACCCGAGCACCCUUCAUACCCUAGUGGAGGAUGUACUUGUAAUGCCAGAUUCACCUGGUGAAGUUCCAGAAUAUCCUUUGUUUGUUUCAGUCAGUGACUGGUUGGACUCCAUAAAAAUGGGUCAGUAUAAAAACAACUUCAUGGCAGCAGGUUUCACUACUUUGGAUAUGGUUUCAAGAAUGAGUAUUGAUGACAUUAGAAGAAUUGGAGUUGUACUCAUUGGACACCAGAGACGAAUAGUCAGCAGUUUACAGACUUUGCGGUUACACAUGAUGCACAUACAGGAGAAAGGAUUCCAUGUAUGAAAGUACUAGAAUCAACUGUGUUUUGUGCCUCAGCAUUUCUAAAAUGGAAAAAUAUUCUCAUUCUUCCCUUCUGCUCUUCCCAACUUCAAGAACUGCAGUCUCCUCGUCAGACUACAAAAGUACUUCUAUGUUAAUGCUUCCAAACUGGAAUUUUUAAUCACACUGCAUAGUUCCUCCGCCAGUUAUCUGCCAAUAAAAUCCUGGCCUACUGCAAGACUCUUGCUACACAUUGAUGAAUAACUCAGCAUGGAUGUGUAACUUUGUAUAACAGUAUUUGGGAAACUUUCAUGAACUUACUUGAAAGUAGUAAUCUAUUUGGCCUGGUGUGGCUUCUUUAUCGAUGUAUUUAGAGUUUGCUGGUAGAUCAAAAAGUAUUUGACUUCUUUCAUGUUCUGUGACCAUGUAACUUCCAAUACCAAAUGUGCAAUCAAAAAGAAGUUUGACAUAAAUAUUUAUUUUAUCUCUUAAUUAAAUCCAAAUGUAUGGAUCCUAUCAUUAUAUUACUUUAUAAUAGUUUGGAUGCUGGUAAGCCGGUGCCUCAAAAUACUAGUAUUGUUUGCAGAAAUGACUGAUGAUUAUAUGUAGCGAGUUUUCAUUGUGUGUAUAAUCGGGGGGAUGGUGAGAGUUUGAAAUCUCGAGGUCCUUGAUUUUUAUUUACUUCAGCACUCGACACUUUUUAUGCUUUAAAUUUCAGGUUAGGUUGGAAAAUUCAUUCAUUCUUGGGAUUCUUCACUACUCUAAACCUUCUGGUUUUUUGCAAUUCAAAAUUUUGAAGUUUGCUUCCACUACGUGGCAAAAUGUCACGGGAAAACUGAUUGUAACGUUUCCAUAACCACGUGUAAAACAUAGUUGUCAGCUAUAUUAUGGCCACAUAGACUUCAGAAAGCUUUCUGUUUCAAAAAUGCAGGCCUCCGCUGCUUGAACUAAGCAUAAUUUCCACCAGUGGUAGUAGACCUGAGAGAGCCAGCCAUUAGGGGGGCACUGUGCUUAUUCCCAAGGGAGCAGGCUGGCCAUAUCAUCCUCCAGUUAAGGGCAGCGGUACAGCCACCAACUAAUGCUGGGAGUUACAGGCUGUGGUAUGCAGUUACCUUGUACAUAGGCAGAAAAGGAGAUGUAGGACAGCAGUGUAAUAAUAUGUUGCCUUGAGUCUACUUCUAACUGCUUUUAGAAGUAAAAAGCCGACUGCUGAAAUGGAGCUCUGGUUACUACGGGCUAGAUCUUCAUUUAGUACAGAUAUCUAAAUGACAUCCAAGUCAAUUAUCUUUAGAACUAACUCUUCAAUAGCCAUAUUUACAUACAAGAAAAUGGCUGCAAAGGCCUAACAUAAUAUUUGUACCUCUCUACGACUUACAGCUUUCAUGUUUUGUUCAGACAACUUACACAGACGUGCUGGGCCACGAUUCCAAACCUUUGCAUGGGAUAUGCGCUACUGGGAACAGGGGGACAAGCGCAUGUCUGCAUGCUGUAGAAGUCACGCGCAGAUCUACAUGUAUGUCACAUGUAAACUGGGUGCAGAUACUUUUGUUGAUUUAUACAUAGUUUGGAGGAUGUUUUUGAGUUAUGUGCCAUUCCAAUAUACUUAAGCAUUACAACUCUUCUGUUAAACCGUGCAUUUGGGUAAUUAAUAUAAUAUAUGUGUAUAUCAACUUACUACUUUAUGUAAUCAUAAUGAUAUUUAAUGCCUAAUUUAGAGCUUAUAAAUCAAAAUCCUAACUCUUGGAAAAGGCUGCCAUUGUAUACUGGUGGCAAAGAAGGAAAAUACGAAAGCAACUCAGAAAAGAUAAUGCUUCCAACCAGUUCAGAGUAAGACACGCUAAGUCUGAUUCACUGUUGUCACUUUAUUUUGGAAUGACUGCAUUAAUUUCAGUGGAAUAACGGUGGUGCACUAAUUAAUUUUUCUUUCUUUCAUUAAAACAAAACAACAGAUUUAACUGAGGAACAAGUUUUCUAAAGAUCAGGAUUCACUGAUGUUCUACAAUGCCACUUUGAUGAGGUUGUUUAAAGAUGGCCAGCACCAGUCCUAUUCUAGCUACAAAGGUAAUUUUGCCAGAAUGAGUAAUCCUGCUGAACUCAGUAGGACUGUACAAGCAUGUGCAUUUUGCAGGAUCACAGGCCUUUAGCGAGGAUAAAAAGCAUUUUUUUCUUUUCUGUGACUGCCAUUUGAAAAAUUCUGCCCCAAUUCCACAUCUGAAUAAUUUUUUUAGUAAAGGUUCUCUUCUGGAAAGAAAAUCAUACUUACCUGAAGCCUUUUCAAAAAAUACUGUCAUCAGAGUAAUAUAAAGGUUAAUUUUCCUUUAUCAUUUUGUUAUCCAUUUUACCUGUCAUUGCUUCCGUGGCCAGCACUGUGACAUCCAUGGAAGGAGCCUCUCUCACAAUUAAAUACAUUACCGAGGAGGUAGGAGCCUGUUAUUUGUUAAUGGGGUUUCAAAAUUACUCCUAACUAAUCCAAACUAUGAAUGUGCACUGUUCAUUCUCCUUGGCAUGUUUUUUCAUUCCUGGUAGUGUGGAUACAGAGCGGUGUGUUAUGUGCACACAACCUGGAUACGUUUCCUGGAAAUUAGUUUCCAAAUUUAUCAUACUACUGAAAAUAUAUUUUCAAUAGAAAAAGUAUAACAAUAUUAAACCAUUUAUUAAGCUGAUGUAUUUUUUAUAUGAAAAAGAGUUUGAGUAACCAGAAAGGAAAGAAAAAGGGAUUCUUUGGGUGAGGAUGCUUAUCAAAAACACUAUUAAUCCAGGAUUUUGUGGGUUUAUACGGCUUUGGUUUUUUUGUUGCUGUUGUGGUACAGUAUGACACUUGCAUAGUAGAUAUCUUGAUCAAAUUUACAUUUUCCCUAUUUUGGAAACAUUUUAUUUGCUCUUGCUCUGAUUCCAAGCCUACUCUUGUUUUGGUUGUUGUUGUUUUUUAUCUAUUUUUUCAUUUAAAAACAAACAAAAACCUAAUGGGUUAUUUUUCAAAUGUGAGCUUAAUUCUGUGCAGGCCACAAAUGUAUAUCUGAAAUUAGAGUAACUUUCUUUGUUACAGAGGGUACUUUCUUCAGGUGAAAAUUAGCUCUAUUUAGUUAUCCUGCAUAUUGCAGUGUACAAUUAGAGUUUAAAUUUAACAAAUAAGCAAAUAUAGUAAACUGGUUUUGAGAUUGUGGCCCACAUUGCAGAGUGCUUCAUGACUAAAAGUACUCAUUGAAAGUUCACAAAAUAAAGUGAACAUGAUAUGCAAGCAAAAAAAAAAAAAAAGGCAUUAAAUUGUAGACAUAAGGAAAUAGUUCUGUUAUUUACAAGUAAUAUCCAUGUGUUGAUUUUUUUCCCAGAUCUGAUUGUCAUUAAUCUAGAAUAAAAUCCAUCCAUCUGUACUGUUACCACUACUCAUGUAUCACUUAAGCCUCCAAAACAUAGCUUAAGUAAGAGCCUUGACUGCUAAGCAAGACCAGGUUAGUGUUUCUUGGCCAAUUACAACUCUCCGCCAUGUGCCAACCACAGUGCUUCCAAAGUUGACUGAGAAGCAAGUUGGAUGUCCAUGCAGACAAGUGCUGCAUGGACAAGUGGGACUGUCAUCUAACAUGGAAACCAUAUCAGUCAUCCUUACUCAAGACAUCCCCAACUUGUUAGUCAGAGUCCUGAGACCUACUGGGAGGAAUUCUCACCUAAUUUCAGAGGUCUGCAUUUGAGCUAGUCACCCAAGGUUCCCUUUUAAUCCCUUUUAAUCAAUGAAGAUAAGUGGGCUGUAUGUCAUCUGACAAGUGUAAGUUUUUACUUCUUGGUUAGAUGAAUUGUGCUAAAGAAGCACAUGUUUCUCUGCAUUUAAAGAGAUCAAAAUGACUAGCUCAUAUCCAGGCAUCUGUGUUUAAUCAGAUGAACCUCAUGCAUUGAUUGUAUCCAGUCCUUAUGCUGAACCUGUGAAAAAGAGGGGAUCUUGUCCAUACUGCUGGUGCUAAAAUUGAACGAGUAACAGCAGAUAGUUUAGUAUAUUUUGCUCAUGAGGUGUUUGCACCUUGGAAUUACUGAGAAGCAAUGGGACUCCAUGAGGUGAAAGGAAGAGAAUUGAGCUAUGUAAUUUAAAUUUUUCUUAAACAAAAGUUACCCAUUUUGUUUCCUAUGAAUGUAAAUUCGGUGUCUCUUCAAUAAAAGCUUAGACACAUGCUAUGUUUUAAGACAUCAGCCAAUGCUUUUCAGCAUGAGGCAAUCCUUUACUUGCAAACAGUGCACUCAACAAUAAAUUCAAAUAAAUUAGUUGCUCUGGAGAAAGCAUUCUGUGUCUAAAAUUGUAUUAGGUAUUAGCUGGAUUAUUCUGACAUGGAAGUCAUAAAUUGUAGUACUUUGAUUUUUUUGUAAUUUAAGAUUGAUUAUCCAUUUUCCAUUUUUUAUAUGAUGAACCUAGUACUGGGCUCCAUUAAUUUCUUUUUUAAUGCAGAUUCAUACAGGAUCCAAAGGUGGGUCAUAAGUAACGUACAGACAUCCUUUAUUCAGAUGCAGUAGAUUUAUUAUGUGGAAUAGCUGGAACUGUGGAGGUACCUAGUAAAACUGUAUUAACCACAACAAUUUCCAUCUUAGAAUGACCCCAUGGACCAUAUCAGCCACCAAGGUAAAGUAGCAUAGAAUAUAUUUUAACCUGUAUUGAAGACCAGUUGCUGAAUUUCAGCUGGCCCCAUUGCAAGCUGAAGCACGUACUUAGCUGUUUUAACUCAGCUGAUGGAAUGGUUUUAUGGGACAUGUUCUGGCAGCUGAGAAUUUCUCUUAUGAAUACAGGUUAUCUGUAGCUAACCCGUCAUGGGCUCAGUCUAUCUUGGAAAAUGUCCUGCAGAGAGAGGAAAGGAGGUCUCACUUCUAAUCCAGUCCAAUACAUCUUUUAGAGUAACAAAAGUGAGUGUCAUACUAAAACGUCUGUCUUCCAUUGCAUCUUCUAGGAAAAGUAUUAAAAAUAGAGAUACUUCACUUAUGGUAUUUCCACAUGGUUGAAGAGCACUGUAUUCUGUGAAACAGUUUUCUUCCAGAAUACCCUUGUUCACCAAUUGUAAUUGAUCUUUCCUGAAUAAAUGUCAAAUAUAAUGCUUUUUUUUCUUUUAAUAAUGAUAUUAUUAUUAUUUUUUGAGAGUGAGGGAAAGAUGUGUUGGGCUGGGCUAACACUUAGUAGGACAGUGACCUUGACAUCUGGAGAGACAAAUGAAUCAGCACAGAAAAGGAAAAAAAAUCCCUAAAGACUACAAUAAGGUGAAAAAGGAAGAACUGUCUGCAUUGUGCUAAGGAGCUCUAACAGAAAACAAAAGAGUAGCAUAAGACGAUUCCAUGCACUUGCAGCUCACAAAUACCUUCUACCAUCAUAUACUGUAUUUAGUAGCGCAUACUGCUCAUCCACGAGUGCUAUGGUUGUAUAUAGUUCCUCAGAUUAUGGACCAGGACAUGUUGAGCACAUUAUAGAUAUAAAAUAUUUGUCUAUAUGUACAUAAAGAAUUGUAAAUAUAAUGUAUAUCAUAAUGUCUGAGAUUUUUCAAACCUACAGAAUUAAUUACCUAGCUCCCAAUAACGCUAAUGGGGUUGCUCUACUCCAUUGGCUUUUAAAAUUUUUAACAGCAUGCACUGUAUGUGUAUAGUACUUCCAAAACUUCUUUGGCUUGUUAUCUGGAAAUGGACAGCCUCCCUUUUCCUCCACAGGCAGCAAAAACGUUUUCAAACUGGUUUACAGAAAGCUGCCUGGUCACCUGACGCUGACCACCACACCAAACACCCUUUCUACUUAUCCUUUUCUGUACAACUAAUUACUGUAGAAAUUGUCAGUGAUCACAAAGGAGAAGUGAAGUGCCCAUGAGCCAGCAUCUCUGGUAAGAUGUAGUCCAUGCUAUAAAAAGUUUGAGUCCUCUGCUGAAGUCAACAAAAGUGUUUAAACAGUAUAUAAAUUAUUUUCUUUUAAAUUGCCAUUUAUAGACACUUAUGAGGUUAAAAUGAGAGAAAAUUUCAAGGGAAUAUGAGUAAGGAUAUGCCAUCAUACAGUUUAAAAAGAUGUGCUGAAUUUUAGAAAGGAAAAACAGCAAAAAUAGUUGAUGAAAAAACAUAGGGUUAGAAUUAGAGCUAAAAUAUAUUUCCAUAUUUUAUAUGUGAAAUAAUAUAACACCGAUUCAGUGAAAUCUGUUUGUGUGUACAUUUCUUUAAAUAUUCUACUUGAGUGUCUCUUACCUGUUUUUCCUGCAAGAGAUUUCCCAAGUACAUCUCUCUUCCAGAAAAGUUUAGCAUAUUAUCUGAUUUUUUAAUACCUAUGUAAUUAAAGUGGAAUAAAAAAUGCCAAGUCAUGAUACUGAAGAUACGGAAAAAAAUAUACUUAAAAGAUCAGUCUUAAAAUCAUUUGAAGUUUUCAUGAUGUUCUGCUUUGUUCCUGUCCAAAAUUCUGACCUAUGUCAAAGCAUCCGAGCAAUCUGACUGGUAGGUAACAUCACAUGUGCCUCCGUAAUAAUGUAUGUGCUGUGCAACGCUCAGAAACUCCUGAAACAGUUACAGCUACGUAUUUGUGCAGCUUAAUUCAUAUUAGAAGGCUGAUUAGAAAUGGGACUACUUACAUGAGUAGAGUUAGGCAUAAGGGACUUGCAAAUCCAAGUCCCUAUAAAGUAUUUGUGAGGCAGCAUGAGAUAACAUUAUUUUGUAAUUUUUUUUUAACUUCAAUACCAGAUAUGGUUUCCUUGAGGAGUCCAGUAUAUUCAUUGAUACUAUCACAAAAUCUCCUGCACAUAUUGUUCUUGAUAUGUGAGGAAAUACUGCUUUUUACUUCAUUUGGGAAAUACUACAUAUUUUGGGGAAUAUUAAUCUCUAAUGUGCAAAUCAGCAAGCUGAUUACAAAUUUGUGAAUAAACCAUAAUAUUAUAGUAAUACUUCUCAUUAUUGACAAUUCAGUGAAGAACUGCUAAGCAGCAGCAUGUAUGUUGAGCAGUAGAUAAACCAAAACCCUGGGAGUGAAAAUACACAGAUCAAAGAGAAAUCUAGCUCUGUAUUAUGAACUGUGUGAUGCCUGGGGCCUAGACUGUAUAGAAAGUAACCUUGAGUCUAGGAUCUGGAAAACUGAAUUUGGGGAAAAUCUACAUUGAAAUCCCAAAUACUCAUUUCUGGUUGUGAAUGAUGAAAAAGGGCCCAUUGAAACAAUCUAGGGAGUAUUUUUCUAGUAUCAUCACAGUGUAAUGCUCUGAGGCUCCUCUACAGUGCUGAAAAAGGAAAAAUCUAUUUGCUGUUUUUUCAGGGUCCAGCCUAUAACAAAAAAAAUGGGUACAAUUGUCACCAUUUAGACUGGAACCUCCAGUAGGCACAAUUCUGUAACUGAAAACUAUUUGUUCCUCUUGUUGCAUACUGACAUUUUUGAGAGGAACCUGAAUAAACAGCGAAGAGUAGAGCUAUCCAGGUGAGAGUGGCUUACAAACUGAAUUUUCAGUUUUCUCUCAUUCGGACUGAGCUCUACCUGAGAAUGAUUAAGAGGCAAAAAGGAAAAACAAAACAGGAUUACUUUUUUUAAGAAGCUGAAUGCUCUGAGCUGUAUUACUUACCAUCACAGUCCCUUUAUGUACAAUAGGGUUAGCUGAAAAAUACAAAGUGCAACCAAUGUUUCAGAUCUGUAGAUUAUUUUAGUUACUAAAUGCCAAAUUCACAAGUUCCAUUUUUGUGUUGGAAAGGUUCUGCUCUAAAACAGCUGGUAUUUCCAAAUCCUGCUGAAAGACUGUAAUAAUUCUCUUGAUAGAGUAAUUUCUGGGACAAGGAUGUAACUGUGAUGAUGUAAAUGUUUCACUGUCAAUAGGCACGGUCUUGCUAUGACCAGAGUUCAUGAGAGUUUGUUACUAACUUCUGUGGCAGUGGGGUGAAGCCCUACGUUAUACAUACUGUAUGUAGAAUUCAGCUCUCCAAACAGAUUCUCCUGCACCCCACUACUGUCAUGAUUGAUUUGUCAUUAGAGAACAGCACUUACUAGGACACAUGCUGUCCUACCGUUGAAAUGUAUCCCUAAAACUUUUUGCUGGUUUUCUUUGCUGAGAGUUUCAGCUUGAGAUGUAGGUUAGUUCUUCAGGGCAUGAUCCAAAGUCAGCCAAAUCCAUAAGGAAAUGUCAAUAGGCUAAAACAGAUUUUGGAUCAAAGGUUUCUGUAGAUUUGCAUGGAACGGAUGGCCUCAUUUAAUAGGGGACAAGGGAGUGCACUGAGCGUAAAAGACAAUGCUACUACCUCAGGGAUGUGAUGAAAUAGAUUAUGGCUACCUUCAACAUGGCAGAGCGGAACUGCAAGGUACAAAAGGUGGUUGCUGAACAGCUGUUUUAUCUGGAAUGGUAUACCAUUCUCUGAGUUUGGAAUAAGCAUUUAAAAUUACCUAUGCAUAUAAUAGAUUAUAUAACAGAAAUGCUUUAGUUGUUCUGUUUUUUUUUUCCCCUAGAAAACUCCCCAAACUCCUGGAUUUACAUUCAGGAUAAAACAACCAUCCCCAUCAAACAAGCAGAUCCUUAAAAAAAAAAUAAAUAGGAUUUAUCUAUCUUUCUUCUUUCUUAAGCAUAUACCAUUAUGCAAUACGAUCUCCCCUUCAUAAUAGAAGUUCUAGCUGAUCAUUUGCCUCUUUGAACAAGUUGUUUCAUACUCCUAGUGUGUUGCAGUGUAAGUUUUGAGAUUUGUCAGUUAAUGAAAGGCACAGUAGCAAACAAAAUAACUAAGACCCUCCUAGUGGUUCUGUUUACUAGACUCUUCUGUUAAUUCCCUAUGUCAAGAAAACCAUCCUGCUUUAAAAUUCCUAACAUGUAAAUGCAUACACGUUUUAAAGCUUAUGGCCCCGAUUCACUAUCCGCCUCUCCCCUAGAAACAGCUUUGAAUUGGCAGUGUAGCAUUUUUAAUAGCAUUUCUUUUUCAGCAGUUUCUUCUCCCAACUUUUCUACAUAGGGUAGCGAGGGUUAUUUCAGAUUAAAAGUGGGAAAAGUUGUUUCUUGGUUAACUCUGGUGAAGGAACUGGAUUCAGUCAGUGCUUCAGUAUAUGUUGCUCAUACCUACAGCCUUGCAUCUGCUUCUGUUGAGGCCAACGUCAAAAUUCUCUGAUGGUAUCAGUUACACCAUGCACGGUGAUGCUGUGACUGAAAACCCAGAGACUAACAAAAAGGGCUUGUUCUUAUUUGGUGCAGCAUAACUCCUAUUGACUUUGGUAACAACAACAGGUACUCAACGCUUCUCAGGAUUGCAUCUGCAGUUUAACAAGGAAAAAAAUCUUAAAAAGAUCAUGUGAAACCCUAUUUACUGAAAGGCAAUAGUUUAGUUUCUAGCAAAGCAACCAUCAUUGAUCAAGUUGGAAUUAAUUGUUUUAAUUUUUUCUCAGUUUUUUUAAAAAACAAAUCACUUUGACUUACAGAAAAAAAAUACAAGAAAAAUAUUUGACUACCUUCCAAAAAUUAGCUUUGAUUCACGCUUGGAAGAUAACGUGGUUGGUAUGUUUUCUCAGGAUAGCCUCUAUCUAUUUCUGUGUGUUGGUUUUAAACGUAUCUGAAUUAAAAGGGGGUUUAAUCUCUGUCUCUUCUGUGAAAUUAGAUUGUACACGACUAAGUAUGACUGCUCUUCAUAGUUUCCUGUUCUAGCAUAGCCAUAAAAUGUAUCAAUGUAUGUGUAUAUAUGAAUAACUGAUGACAGACACUUUAGAUUAUAUAUUUAAGCAGCCAUGUCAAAACUUUAAAGGUAGAUGGCUUCAAAACUAAUGGUAUAAUCAUAAUAUUUGCUAACUAUUUUACAAACAAACCGUGGCCUCAGCACAGAUCUCAUAUCCUUAUCAGUAGUCUGAAACCCACCUUUUCUUUAAAGACCCCAGAUGACAUUUGUUUCGCUGUUGCUUCUUUUCCUCUUACCAAGAUGUAUUUGAAUAAUGACAACUACCCGUGACUCAGUCUUCACCAUUCAUCUCACAGAGAAGCGGGCUCGGUACUGUACCUCUUGAGUUGUAUCCUCAUCGGUCUGAACUUGUGUAGCGUUGCACACAGCGAGCACCAUCUGCUCGUUCUGAGAGACUGAACGUUUCACAGCUGGUACCGUUGGUUUCCCCCUGGGAAUGCCUCACUGCUCAGAAUGACUUUUCUUCACGCAAUAUAUCUCCCAUACAUGUUUCCCCCUGGGACUGCCUCACUGCUCAGAAUGACUUUCCUUCACAUAAUAUAGCUCCCAUACAUGUUCCCACCGCAUUUUGCCUUUCUGCCUUUUCGCCAGUUUAUAACGGUAUUGUAGGAAUAGCCAUGAAAUAAAAAGCUUACUAUACUGAUUUGCAGUCCCAAGGGGAAUUUACAUUAGAAGUGAAGUUGUUAUUAUUUACUGAAAAGUGGUGUUAUCUUUUUUUAUUAUUAUUGUUAUUCUAUUCCUAUGAUAAUAUGAUGUUCCAUGUAAAUUUUCAUGUGCUGGCAUGCCUACAAAUUAAUAGUGUAAUAGAAUGCUCAGCUCUCAACAUUAGGGUGUUUUUAAGGUGAAUUGCAUUACAUAUGCCAUCUCUUUGCAGAAAGAAUAUGGGGUUUGGCAAAGCUACCUGCUGAGCAACAUAAUAAGAUUUUUGUACAAAGUACAAGUUACUGAUUAUUAUUGUAUUUUAUUUUUCUAUGAUUUCCUAAGAGGCAUUAUCAGGUCUUACAGAUGGGGUAAGCCUGUUUAUUAAGAUAUUUAUUAGCAAAUAAAAGUUACAGUACUGGUGGUUAUUUUUGAGUUAAUGGUGUUUGUUUUGCCUUAAGUUACUAAUAUAAUGAUACACAGUGAAGCCUGUCAUACAUGAUCAUGCAAAACCCCAGCUGCUUAACACAGGGUGGUGUACUAAUAAAGAUGGACCGGCAAUAUGUUCUAACACUU